CCUCCUCACAGUCCUUUUCCUCUUAAUCAACAAGAAACUGUGCUUCGAAAAGAUAGGUGGACUCCCAUGCUUGGAACAACCAGGGAGACGAAAACACUACAAAGAGAGGUCGGGGGUUCAUGAGGGCCUGGCUCACAGAAUUGUAAGUGUGGCAUGCUGGCAAAACUGAACAACUGAUCAUCAGAUACAGGUCAUGGUAUAAGCAUGGCUUCUCAGAACGCUCAGAGUUUCCUCCAGCCACUCUCCUCCUGGAUGUCCCGGAUGUAUGAAGCUGUCCAACAAGCGGGAGACUCCUUAUCUUCUUCAUUGGUCAACUUGAGCAGAGUGGACCACAAAUCGGAGGAAGAUGGAAACCAGGACUUAGAAGACAGUGACGGCAGUUAUAAGGACUACUCUGAAGAUUCGGAAGAUGAAGGAAGCUUUAGCCAGAACAUGAAAGGUGCUGAGCAUGUGCAUUCUGAAGACAGUCACUUUCCAUCAACAAGUCAUGAUCUUGAUUCCGAGGCACCUGCCCGUGGCUCUAACAUGGAUCUGCAAUUGCAGAAAAGAGUGAGAAGCGGCACCAGCUCCUCAGAGCAACGUCCAGACGACACCAGCUCUCUGUCAUCCCAGGGAUUUUACCAAGAAUAUGAUGACCACCAGCUGGUAGGUGUGCUUCCUGCCAUACCCGAGGAGGAAGGCUACCUCAACAGGCAGAUAAGGGAUCUUCAGCGUGACCUUGAUGUGGCUGGCUCAUUAGAAAAUAUUAAUGGAAAGGCAUGUGUGGAAGUGAACAGUUAUGGGGAGGAUGAAGAGCUAACCACAUCUUCAGAUAGCGACGACGAGGUGAUUAAACAGUUUGCGAUCUCUGUGUCGCGCUCACAGAGUUUUCGGUCGGGGGUGUCUGAAAAGGCAACACAAGCAGGUUCAGAACGUAAUCCUAAAUUCAACCGCUUGCUGUCCAACCAUGAGGAGUACAGUACCGAGGCAUCUGAAUGCGAAGAACUGGAUGGGCUAAGCCAACUGAGUUUCCAAGACAACCUAUCCUAUAAUGAAGAUGACUACAUAUCUGUUGAUUCAAGAACUACCUCUGAGAGUAGGGGUACCAUGCAAGCCAAAAGCCCUGGAAUGGAGGCUAGCAUUGCCCAUAGCCUUAGCCAACAAGCCACAGAAGGGAGCUUGCAAAUGGAGACAGCGUUCAGCAACCAGGGAUUUGAAGGAAAUGACGCAACUGACAGCUCAUCCGCUUGGAGCCCUGAGGAACAUGAUGGAGGGAAUAGUCUUCCAGCUCAUCACAGUGCCCAUGAACCCAUUUCUAAAUGCGGUGACCUAGACGUCAUCCUCGAUUAUAAGGCCUCGAGCCAAAAGCUGCUGGUAACUAUCCUGGAAGCUAAGGAUAUCCCAGACAAAGACCGCAGUGGUGUGAACACCUGGCAAGUUCACACAGUCCUGAUGCCCAGCAAGAAACAGAGGGGAAAGUCGAGCAUUCAGAAAGGACCCAUCCCGGUGUUCAAAGACAGAAUGACCUUUAAUAAGCUGGAGCCAGAGAAGCUGAGUAGCUACGCACUCAGGUUCCGUCUCUAUGCAGUGCGCAAAAUGAUCCGGGAACAGAUGAUGGGCGAGCAACUGUUUUAUCUGAGGAGCCUAAACCAGGAGGGGGAAGUGAAGGUGACACUGGUUUUGGAGCCCAGGAGCGAUAUGAGCAGCGGAGACUCUCAGAUCAGUCUGUCGGCAAUCUCGCACAGCGAUAGCGCUUCUUCAACACAGUCCCUGUCGCACGGAGGCGUACCGGAGCUGCUGGUGGGACUGUCGUACAAUGCUACUACCGGACGGUUGUCAGUAGAGAUGAUCAAAGGCAGCCAUUUCCGCAACCUUGCUAUUAACAGGCCGCCCGACACCUACGGAAAACUCUGCCUCCUCAACUCCAUGGGCCAGGAGAUGUCUCGUUGCAAGACAUCCAUCCGUCGAGGCCAACCAAACCCCAUCUACAAGGAGACGUUCGUCUUCCAAGUUGCCUUGUUCCAGCUUUCUGACGUCACGCUGAUGAUCUCCAUAUACAACCGGCGCAGCAUGAAGCGCAAGGAGAUGAUUGGCUGGAUUUCUAUGGGUCAGAACAGUAGUGGAGAAGAAGAGCAAAACCACUGGCAAGAAAUGAAAGAAACAAAAGGGCAGCAGGUCUGCAGGUGGCAUACCUUACUGGAAUCCUAAUGGUCCCUGAGCUCCUGGGACUGCCCACUGGACCCUCCCAUAAUCACCCCGCUGAAAGCAGCCAUCCCAUAGCAAACAUUAUGAACCAGCUGGGUCUAUUUUAACUGAAUUUUUAAAACUCAGCGCACUCAGUGAAUGUAGGUGCUGGGGCCCGGUGAGCAAAUUUACCUGUUGCCUUUGGGGGGUUUCAUACAUUUUCUCACCCAAAUGAUAACCAGAAGGGAAGUGGUUAUGAAAAACACAAAGAUACUUUUACCCUCUUGCCGUCAAUGCCUCGUUGAUCUAAAUUGCUUUUGAUGCUAUUUUCUUUUGGUGUCAUGUCUUUCUCCCACCUCCAUUCCUGUUAUUGAUGUAUGCAAAUGUUCUUGAUACACAGAUGACGUCAUUAGUCUAGCACUGCAUGCCACUCGCUCUUCCUUUUACUACAGUGUUUCUAAAUCCUAAAGAUAAACAUUUGAUACCACUUAAGACUGAUUAAUAUAUUUUCAGGUAGCAUGGGAAAGCACUAAAGAUUUCUCUGUAAACUGUUAAGUGCCUAGAGAUUGCCAUUACUGUCUUGUAUUAGCGAUGAUCUUAUUUACUAGUAUUUGAAGUAAGCAUGUUUCCUUUCUUGUGCAACCUAUAUCCCCAGAUGUUUGUAUGAGGUGAUGGGUGUCAAUUUAACAUAGUAGUUAUAUAAUGCAUGUUUAGAUGCUUCCCUGUGUUCUUAGCUCAUGGCUUCUAUUGUUGUGAAAACAAAACAGCAACAAAAGAGAGAGAGACCAAAGCAAGCUGCACAUCUGCCUUUGUGCCUAAACCACGAUUCUUCUAGAUCAUUGUUCACUCUUCUUAGUUUUUUCUGAACGUGAGGUUCGCUCGGAAGAGUGGUUCUGUGCAUAGUGGGGGUUCGUGUUUAUUAUCUUUCAAUGACUGUGUCAAAUUGGCUCCAAGUAAAAAGUGCUUUUUCAAGCGUCCUGUAAAAUAUUCCAGGGAUCUGAAAGUCAAGGUGAAUUCUUUCCUUCUCUGACAUCACGAGGAGGGAUCUGCAGGCCCCAUGGUGCUAUCACUUCCCUUGUGCGAACCCACCUCAAGCAGUGAUGUCGAUGCACAAGAAGGAAUAGAAUCCCAGUUGCUCUUUUAGAGGUGUUGGCCCUGGAGGGCUAACAGAAGUGAAAAGUAUGAGAGUUCACGCCUGUAUCUGCAUAGCCACAAAGGGCAGAUGUGCUGACUAAGGGGAGGUGAUUUUUAAGUAGUCGCGCUUCAGAGCGUAGUGACACUUUCAGUUUUAAUAGUCCUCUUUUUCCUGCCUCCAAAGUGGGUUAAACCCAGUGCAGGCAGUAGAUAGGGGAAGAAGGCUCAUUUUGUUUCUUGAUUAUUGAUAGAUCCAGUGCUAGCUGCUGCCGAGUAUUAGGAGCCGUGACCCUAGUGCACAGAGCCAUACAAUGAUUAUAUUGGUCUUACCGGAUGAAGAUAGGUGCCAGAUCCCUAAAUAAUUUCAAAUAACACCUAUUGCCAAGUCUCUAACUGAAGCCCUUCAGCUGGCGUCUCUCCAUUCCUACUGACCAUAGUGAAGCACAAAAAUACUCGGCUGCAAAAGGCUUUCAAAUUUGAUUCACAGUUUCUCUGUUUCCCCCACUUAGAGAGAAUUAGGGCCAAAUUCUGCACUGUGGCACCACUACGAGUCUCACUGACUUCAUGGGGGCUAUGCAGGACCUAACAUAAGCCCUGAGCCUUGGGCUGCAUCUGAGCUACGGUCAUUGCAUCUCUUGCAUCUAUUAGCUCUUUUGCACCUGGAGAUUCUCCCUUGGAGGAGGAAUCUCCUCCACUCCCUAGUUAAUCUGGCAUUACAGCUCCUGUGCACCACUGGAGCAGCACAAAGCAACCAGAGCUGGAUCUGGCCCAUGUAAUCUAGCAAACAAAUUCCUUUUUGGCCGCAAUGCUAAUGCUAUUGAAUCACUGACUGAAAGGAAAAAGGAGUUCAGUUGAGCAGUUAAGUGGUAAAUCCUGCAGUCUGGGGUUUAUUACAUGUUUCUAAUGUACUUCCCUUCAGGACAAAAGCACAGUAAAUUGCCCUGCUUAAUGGCAGUCGUCACGGUGUUUAGUCAUGUUUUGUAAAUUUUGCAUCAUUUUUCUCUGACCUGCACAAAAUGUACAUACUAGUGUUUUUUUAAAGAACUGUUCUAUGUGCGAUGUGUGUAUAAUACUGAACUUACAGCAUUUUGCUUAUUAACCUACUGCACAUGCAAAAUGCGCUAUGUGAUUAUAUCAUUCUAAAGGGGAAUUACAUAUUGAUACAAAGUUUCAGCCACUAGUGGAGAUACACAUGAUUCUAUAUCUGUGGUGUUUUUAAACUCCAUCCUCACUCAGCCUUGGAAAAGAUGAUUUUUCAGAGGAAUGAAGAUAACUGGUUUGGGACUUCCGCAACAUUUCACACCAAGAUCCAUUUUGAAGUUACGUUAUAAAGGGACAUUGAUUUUUAAAAUCUAUCUACACUAUAGAAAAUAGUUGGCCACAGUACAGCAAAAUAUGUAAUUUAAUCAAAACUAUUCAUUUUUCAUACUUGGCUAAGAUCUUUGGGAUUAGGCAUAGGUUUUUUGUAACAAUUGUUAGGGCAAUGAUUUUUUCGUGGUACCUUCCAAGGAAAAUUACUCAAUGGGUAAAUGGGUGCUCAGAAUUAUUUAAACCCUGUUAAUCAAUAGAAUGGUUCAGUCCAGAGCAUCACAUGUUUGUGGUUCAUCUAGUUCCUGCUGAAAUGUGGAGAAAGUUAGUAGCAUUGGAGCAGACUUCCCUUUCAGUGCUUCCUCUGACAGGUUUAUGUUCUUUUUUGUUGCACUACUAUUAAUGACUUGCUUCUCUAAUUUUUCUGUUGAGAUUAAGUUGAUUAUUCAGCAGCAGCAUGUUCCCACCUGAGCCAAUGUCCCCUGUCCUACAUGGCUCUUUGCAGAGAUGUCUUGGAUUCGGUUAUUACUCGUAUUGGUGAAGUUGGACUUGUGCUCACAUUCUGUAUUGUGCAAAGCUGACUGCAGUUUGUCAUUUCUCUAACCUCUUUCCCCCCACAAAAGUGGCCGAGGAGGUUGGUAGAUGAGUCUUUGGCAAUGCUUCCAUUUCUUGACACCACCUUUUGAUGCAUUUUAUUCAGAUUUCUGCUCAGCACUUAGCUCAGAAAUGGCAAUGAGCUGUAGGCCUGUGUUUCUGUGCUCUCCAUCCCUGGGGGUAUAGAGGAUCCUGUGAUGCAGAGAGAGGAAGAGAGACUACCAAUCCCUGAUCCCACAAGACCCCAGGGUAGGGCUUGGCUGGGGUUACAGAACACUCAGUGAAGUGCAGCAAAUGGUGGGCCAAGGUUGAGUUGCUGUAGUGUCAAUUCACAGUGACUUCCCCUUAUGCUCAUGUUUUUGGAUAAUCUAUCCCCCAUUUAGCCCUGUUGACCAGACUCUUUGUAUCCUACUUGGAUUUUUCUUUCCUUUUUAAAAAUUCAUCAUAUUCUUAAAAGGGGAGGAACUAAUUGCACCACUCGAGCCAAGUAUGCUGUGGAUAGGUUCUCUGAAAACAUCACUUGAUCUCUACCAGUCCACCUCUCCCAGUUGUGACCUCUUCCUUUCUGGGGUCUCUCCUCAGCAGAAACGGCCAGUCAUGGUAGAAUCUCUGCUUUUUUUUAAUGUGCACCAAUGACAAAUAGGGUGAGCCACCACAUAUAUUUUCUCUUAUAGUAAUGCUGAAUUUUAAUUGAGGUCCUCAGAGAUGAGUCUGAGGGCUUGUCUUCAUAUGAAAGCUAAUCUGGAAUAAGGUAGUGUGUGAAUAUAAAGAGAAUUAACUACUCUGAUAGACUCCAUGUGUGGAUACUCUUAUUCUAGAAUAACAGUGCCUUAUUCUGAACUAUAGCGUAAUCCAGUGGGUUAAAAUAAUACAGAAUAAAGCACUCUUAUUCUAGAAUAAACUCCAUGUGCAGACGUUCUUAUCCAGAAUAACUCUACUUAUAGACAGGUUUCAGAGUGAUAGCCGUGUUGGUCUGUAUCAGCAAAAACAACGAGAAGUCCUAAUAAAUUUGUUAGUCUCUAAAGUGCCACAAGGACUCCUUGUUGUUUCUACUUAUAGAGAAGCCCUAAUCUGUUAAUGAACUGGACCCCAGAGCUGCCUGUUUGCAAAGGUUUUAUCUGGACUGUCUCACACUCUCUUAGAUUGUUAUAGAUUUUUUCCAUCAAUGUCUUAAUUACUUUCGGCAGUUAGAGAAAUAACUUGGCCUAUGUUACCCCGGGAUUCUGCGGUGCUACAGCUUCGUUACUGUAAUGCUCUGAGUUUCCUGUGUUUUCCUUGGGGGCUAAUGUUUCAAUGGUUACAGUCUCUUGGAUCUGCAGACAAUAUGCGGGUGUAUUUUUAGCUCCUGCAGAUCCUACGAAGCAGCUUGAUGCUUUUACAUAAUUGACUGAUAUUCAGUCAUGAAUGUCUUCAGAUGUUCUUGAACUCAAAGAACUAAACACUGCCAGCUGCUAUUGAUUUUUUUCUCUUCAGCGCAGAGUCUCAGGUGACAUCUUGCGGAGGGAGAGGGUUUCCUUUGGUGGCAGGCCUCUAUUCUUCACAUACAGCUGGUGAUGACCUUGGAGCCGGCAUAUGUGCUGAAGCUUGCUUUGUUGUUGCUGUUGUUUUUUUUUUGUCAGUCCCACAGUUGUUAUCAACUUUAAUACGAUAACUGGUGAGCCAAAAGAUGAAGUGAAGCAAUCUGUUACCCUUCAACAUGAGUAGCUAACAUAUAGCCGGAGAGUGGGAUAUGGCCUUCCACAUUCGGUUACCCUGACACUAUAGUUUCGUUGGCUCCUAGGAAAGCAGUGGGUUAAUCUGAAGAUUAUGGUAGUAAUUUACAAGCUUCUCUCUGACCCAGGCUUGGUCUGCACACAGAUUUUUGUAUUGGUAUCACUAUGUUGGGAGGAGAGGUGGCUAUUUUCUUUUUCUUUUUUUUUUUUUUAAAUAAAAAUAAUUACAGCAUACACGUAUACUGGUGUGAAGGGCCCUUAUAGCAGUACAUCUUAUUCCCUUUUAUAAAGCACAUUUAUACCAAUAUAAUUGUGUCUACCCUAGGGGGAGUUGUACCGCCUCAAAUAUAGUGGUAUAGCUAACGCAGUAUAACUUUCUAAUGUGGACAAGGCCUUUGUAAUUUUUACAAGUUAUUGUUUAACUUUAUGAUUCCUUAAGCCUGUGUUCCAGGUGCAUAUAGUCAGUUCCUCAGCCGCCUGGCUUAAAUCAGCCUAGAUCAGCAUAACUCGACUGGCUUCAAUGCCGCUAUGCCAACUGCUGAGGAUCUGGCCCAUAGACUUCCUUAGUUAAUGCAUGAUACCGUACAAUGACACUGUAUACGUCUCAGCGAUAGAAAUAAUUUAAUAAUAAUGGUUUCUGUUAUAUACACCAGACCAGUGGGGGAGGGAGUCCUUCCUGAGCUAACCUGAGAGGGACUCCGUUACACAUUGCCCUCCACUUGGGUCAGAAGUUACAUGCCACAAUUCAUCCCUCUCUUCCUAGUGCAAACUCAUGCAUUGAAAAGAGAGCACAACCGGAGAGCUCUAGAAUGCCAGGGCUGGCAGCCUCCAGAUCCCCCUAAAUAUGGGCUCUGUGCUAAAACUACCAUCUAGCCCAUAGUGAAGAGUAAUGCUUGUUACUGUCAAAUUUGGCCCCAAAGUCAGGUUUUACUAACAAGCUUUUUUUUGUAGGGGCUAGAGGAAUGGGCCCCAGCUUUGCACAUCCUGAAUGAUAACGCUCCCUCCCUAGCCACGUUUUUACAUACACACCAUGGAAAGCCCAAUUUUCAGAAUUGGCGGCCUAAGUGAGGGCACCCACUUCCAUAACGGAGUGCUCCAAUUGGCAUGUAAGCAGCUAAAAGGAGUAUUAAGUGCCUCUUUACCAAUUUAGCAUCCACUGGGAAUGGACACCCUAACUUGCAUAGUCAUUUAGGAAAAGUGGGCCCCACCCUGGUUGCCUUUGUAGCUAGCCAGCGAGGAGCGACAGAGAGAAGUGUUUGCACAAAUUCACUGUAACACAGUACACUGCUGGGUAGGCGGCAGGAUCUUACAAUGGGAAGAAUUAUAUGAUCGCCAUACUGGAUCCAGUGAGUAAUCAAGUGUCUGAGCUGUGAACAAGAAGAAACAGUUUUAAGAUCGGAGUCGGAGCAUCAGCAGAGAGCUGGAUGCCACAAUGAACCAACAAAGGCUUGUUAAUGUCUGUCUUCAGGAAGUUUGGAGACACCAAGGCUUGGGUAUCAUUUCACAAAUGCAUACUUUUGAGAGCACUGCAUAGGAGCUUGCAGGAGAUAAGGAGUGAAUAUGGAGAUACCAGCUAACCUGUGGUACUGAAGCAUACUGCCUGGCCAAAUUACUGUCAUUUGUAGUCCGCAAAUACCAAACAAAAUGGAUACCCAACCAGAAUCCCUUGAAACAUCA